AUGGCUGCUUUUCUGCACUUCCUUCUUCUUCUCUGCUCUUUUGCCUACAACUUCAACACAUCUCAAUCCAAACAUACUCACCCACAACAAAAAGGUGCCAUCUUUCACGUCACCAAAGAUCUAUCAACCCUCCAGUACGUGACCCAGAUCCACCACGGCACUCCUCUCCAACCCACCAACCUCGUAAUCGAUCUCGGCGGCCCUUUCCUCUGGCUCGGCUGCGCUUCCGAUUCCGGGUCUUCAUCUUCUAGAACUCUCAUCUCUCACAGCUCAAUCAAGUGCUUAUCAGCCAACCCCAACACCCUAAAAAGCAAGUCCAGCAAGUGUGAGACUUUCCCACAAAACAGAAUCACCCAAAUGGCCACACAAGGAGAUUUGGCAGAAGACAUCAUAGCCCUUCCGUUCGUUAAUGUGUCCAAAACCACCGUUGAUUCCCUUUUCUUAUUUUCCUGUGCACCCAAAUUGCUUCUGAAAGGCCUAGCAUCUGGGGCUAGAGGAAUGUUAGGACUCGGAAGGAGUCGAGUUUCGGUGGCGUCGCAAAUUGCUGCAGCAUUUGGUUCCAAACCGCAGUUCAUCCUCUGCCUGUCUUCAUCAAACGGGGUCGUUUUACACGACAAUGGGGAAUAUGGUUCUUAUUUUGUCUCUGGAGUUUCAGACUCACUCACAUACACACCCCUGGUUACUAAAGUUGACUCACCACAUGAGUAUUUCAUCAACCUGAAGUCAAUCAGAGUCAACGGGAAGCAAUUGUCUCUGAAUUACAAAGAGGGUCUUGGAGGGAUUAAGCUAAGCACAGUUGUUCCCUACUCUACUAUGGAGAGCUCAGUCUAUUCUGUAUUUGUCAAAGCUUAUGAGCAAGCUGCUGUGGCUAUGAACAUGACUAGGGUGGAUUCUGUGGCACCAUUUGGACUAUGUUUUGGUUCCAAAAACAUCGAUGGCAUUCGGGUUGGUUCAAGAGCGCCUGUUGUUGAUUUGGGGCUGCAGAGUGAGAUGGUGAAGUGGAGAAUUCAUGGUAGAAACUCCAUGGUUCAAGUGAGCGAUGAAGUUAUGUGUUUGGGGUUCUUGGAUGGUGGUUUGGAGCAGAAGACUUCAAUUGUAUUAGGGGCUCAUCAAUUGGAGGAUACCCCGUUACAUUUUGAUUUGGGUGCUUCUAUGCUAGGAUUUAGUUAUUCCACGUUGAUGGAUCAGAAUACUUGCACUGAUCUGGGACUGGGUUUUGGGUUUAAAGAUUCAAUGUAA